CGAAAGCUGGGUUCUUUCGAAGGCAAAAUACAGGCUAUGAUGGCUUGAAAACCAACCGUGACCUUCAGCUCUGUCGCAAGCGCAACCUCCAACGCACCGCUUAUGAGGUGGACCGCCUUCCUUCAUUUUAUAUCAUCGCCUUAUUUCACUGCACCGCUACUUUUUCAUUUUCAACAUUACGCACCCCGAAAAUCCUGAAUUACCCGGCCGUGCAUUUGAGUCAACAAGCCUCCUGGCCAAUGACAGACGAGAUGCCCCUACAACCUCAUCAACACACACCAAUCCAAACCCCGACCAUGUCAGAAGAACGUCUUCUCUGCAGUUAUGGGAAAUCCAGACAGGCGCUCUCUCCGUACAUGCGACUUCGUCAUGUCGCGUAUAAGUAAAAGAUGUCUGCCCUUCCGACCCGUUGAAGGCAUCAGUCGAUGGCUACACUCGCGCUCGCUGCAAACAUCGCGAUGAUUGGAGGGCAUUUCGCCGAGAUGGUGCAAGUGUUCGUAUAUCCUCUCAUCACGCAUAUUCGCAAUCGCAUACACCCUAGGGAAGGGGACGAGCUGGAGAGGUGUCAACAGAAUUUAAGGAGUACGCUGGAUUUCCUAGAGGGAAUGGCACAGGAGGUCAUGCACAGCGAGAAGGAUUGUGAAUACAUGGCGAAGCUGGUGCGCGAACACGGGGUGCUAGAUCAAGAGACAUUAGACCUCAGCGGAAGUAUUCAGAAGAACGACUUGCAUCGAGAAGAUAACACAUGUUUUGAGACUGUCGGGAUAUUGGCACAUAAGGUCAAGCUGUUCCAAUUAAAGGUGCAGAUGUUUUCGAGCGAGAGGAGACGCGGAAGGAUAGUCAGCCUAAUGCAGGUACCAAGUCGGUUUCCUGCAAUUGAAGACCCGGAAAAGGGCUCUUCGUCGUCGACAGCGGCACCUCUUCCUCCACACACGACGUCUUCGUUACCGGAUUCGUCGCCAAACGCCUCGUCCGUUACUAUGGAUGUGUUGGCACAACAACAAGCCAAGUUCUGUCCAGACGAGGCUGCCUCGCCGCGUGCAUCUCCGGAAACACCCUAUGGAUUGGGUUCAACAAGUGGAAAGCUUGAAGGGGAUGGCAGCCUUGAAUCGAUGCACAAUCCUAAAGCAGCCAAGCUACCGGGCCUUGCAAGCGUCAAGGAAUAUAUUCGAGCUUGCAAGUCAGAUGUAUAAUUGGGUAUUAGAUCUGGACUAGUUACGGUUAUAUUCUGUACGUAGCUAGUCAACUUGACGAUACACAAGUAACAUCGAAAGCUUGUGGGAUUCCGG